CUCAUCAAACAAAUAAAUAUGAUCUUGGGGUACGUAUCAUUAUCAGUAUCGAUAUGGCUGGUUUAAGGAAAGUAGAGUACAUCGCCUCUCGGCGUAGUAGUAGGCAGUUGAUAUUAGAUGGAUAUGUUUACAACAGAAACCGCGAGAGGCAAACCUGCACACAUUGGAGAUGUGUCGUCAAGACGUGCAAUGAGAAAUGUACGACUGUCGGUGAUAAAUAAACUGUAACAGUUAUUAAAUGUAAAGUGUACAUUACCAAAAACUGUCACAAAGUGUUGUUACAAACUGUAUAAAAUUUAUCAAAUGUAAAGUGUCAUUAAAUGUUAAGUAUAAUAUAAAAGUAUCUAUUUAAAGCUACUUUGCCUUGUUUGUCAGAUCUUAUCUGGACUAUUCCAUUUUAAAGUCUGAGGUAACAAGCAUAAGGAUUAGUGUGCACUCAACCGUUUAAAGUGUUGUUAUAAGCUGUCUAACUAUUGGGACGUCUAACUAAUGGGAGGACACCUUUUGGACCAGGGAAGAUUUUUCUCUCACAGAGAAAACUAUGGAUGACCUGUCCAAUCCCAGCAUUCCCUGGCAGAGGAAGUUGCUCAGUCUAGCAGAGGAAACAGACACAUUGGCACUUCCUGUUGCAGUGACUGUUGGGAUAGCAGCAACAGUCUCCAUCAUAAUAGUGGUGGCCAUGUGUGUUUGUGGAGAUGCAGAGGUGCCAGAGCUAAAGGAGAUCAAGCCAAGGAAAGGACCCAGUUCGAUGAGCCUGGCAAACGCUGCUGCUCCAGUACAGACGACCUCGGUGAAGCUGGAGGCCAGUCCCGAGGUGCAGGUCCCGGAGGCCGUCAACGCCAGGCCGGAAAAUGGCUUGUCCUCCAACAGACAUAGUGGGGCCCCGUCAAGGAGCAGUCAGAUUAGCGUGGGAUCCGGUCAGGCCCGGCCUCCAAGUCUACGCGAGCUGCCAGAACUUCCCGUUGGGGACAUCGGUCGACCCUUAUCUGGGGUUGAAAAUGGUGUCCCUCAUCGCAUCACUGAAGAUGAUGAUGACUACGAUCAUUUGGGCAAGGAGAGGCAGCCUGGAAGAGGCAGGGCUAAUUAUGACCAUAUCAAGAUAGAAUCUCCCAAUGGAACUGUAGCAAGAGACAUGCCCCCCGAGAAUGAAACUCCCUCCGGAGAGAACUAUUACGCUCAGUUACGUGAUCGAAACUAUGAAACUGUUACAGAAGUAAAACGUAGAGUUGUGGAUCCUUAUGAUCAAGUGAACGUGUGUGAUGAUCCAUACACUGGUUUAAAGGACGACCCUUAUGCAAAGGUUAAAGAUGAUCCUUAUGCAAAGGUUAAGGAUGAUCCUUAUGAAAAGGUCAAGGAUGAUGACACAUAUGCGAAGGUCAAGGACAAUGAUGUUUCAAAUCAAGUUCAUAUUACAAACAUUAAUGUGGGAGGAAGUGAAAUUGACCCCUAUUCAACAUUAGGGGAAGAAACAGAGGUCAGUGUCAUGGAUGCAAGGUCAUCCCGAUCAAGUACAAACCUGGAAACUGGUUCACGUUCGUCUGCUGCCAAUGUUGUGAACUUUGAAGAUCUUCCUCAGGGUGCAUUAGGUCCCCAUCUGCCGGAACCAAAUGAUGAUUAUGCUGUUGUGAACAAACCAAGAAAUGCUUCUGCAUCCAAUGAAGUGCAACCGUCUGAGGAAGUUGAUCCCUAUGUGAUCCCCCCCGAACCUCCCCGAGCAUACACAGUAGAUGAAGCUGCUGCACAGCCAUCCCUGGUCGGAGCAGUUGGUGGUGGCGCCUCCAGACAAGAUGACAAUCCAGAGAGAGAGUACACGAUGGUAACAGCUCGUGAAUCUCUUGCCAGUAUGACUGCAAGAAAUGCCCUAAAUCCUUAUGAGACUGUCCCUGAAACUGAGAAUAUGUAUGCUACGGUUGAUGGGGGGUCUGGCGAUGGGGUGGUGCAGAGGAAGCCGGCGCCGCCAACACAAGAGGUGGUCAAUCAAGCUGCCCAGAGGCUGAGUGCUGUCAGUGAAACCUAUGCUGAGAUUGAUGGUAACUACGCCACUGCCGCUGCUCCCGCCCCACCAUCCCUCGACUCCCUACACAUGAUGACCAAACAGCAGGAAGACCGGCGCCAUCUUGCCAGCCCAGAAGACUCAGGGAUAUCAGGGAGUUCCAACGACUAUGCCAUUGUUGACAAGCGGUCCAGUUUCUCCCCCAGUGCUACACGACUGCCGGAAAUCCCCAACUCUCCUGUCCUACCAACAGCGGCACCGAUUGUCGUUAAUGUCAACGGUAAUGCAGAGGGAGCAUCAAAUGGUGUGACCCUUGACCCCAACUAUCAGACUGUGAAAGAUUGCAUCACAUAUAUUGACGAGAAUGAUCCAAAUUAUGAAAGUGUUGAAGAGGCGAAAGCAAAACAACCAUCUAAAAGAGACAGACGUCAUGUGUACGAAGAAGUGAGUCCCACCAAUCCCAAUGCGCCAGGGUUUGAAGCUGCGAGCGAGGUGCGUGAACGAGUGUUACAAGGCCACAUGUAUGAAGAUAUUCACGAACUCAAAGAACAACAGCGGAAAAGUAAGCGUAGGCCAGCAGGGGGGAGUGAGAAGAGUUGAUGGAGUAGCCAAACAUCGGGCUACCAGCCUGUGAGUGUGACACUUCCCAGAAAAUGUUUUUUGUGGCCAUAUGCAAGAUACUACUUCACCUUGUUUGCCAGACUUUUGUAAGCUGGUUGGUCUCGGAAUUGAAACAAUUUGAUUUGUGUUAAGCAGCUAGAAUGAAAAGAAAGAGUUCAAAGUGAAGCUAAGUUUGGAAAAUUACUAUGGCAAAGCUGAAAUAACACAUAUUUUGACCUAACAUUCCAAAAAGGAAUUAAGGAACAAUUACAAGGAGGUGGA